AUGCAACCGUAAUCAGGGACAACGUUAGCAAGUCACCUAGCUAGUUAUCUUGACAGCUAGUAUGGCGUUUGGUAGCUAGCUAUCUUAUACACGGCUAUACUGAUAUGGUCGCAUUUUACCCUCAGACAAGAUCGGAUGUUUUGCCAAAUAAACUCGAUACCGGAACCUGUUUCAGUCAUGACAUGCAAACGUUGCAUCUGUUAAACAUGAACGUUAGUGAACAGUCAGCUGCUGUAGCUCUUUCCGUGUGAUAUCAGAAGGACGUUGAAUGUGCUGUAAACACUCGAAGCCAAUAUAACUACAUUGGCUUUGAAAGCUAACGCUACGACCAAAUCACAAUUACAUUUACGUCAAGACCCAUCAACACCAUCAAGCACCAACUAGCUGCAGUCUGGCCAAGCAAAUAAUGUCCUACAGUUGAAGAUGGGAGGUAGUGGCUCCAAAAAAGGUUACUGGCCUUUUGCUGGUUCCAGCAGUGGUGAUGGUGAUCCAAACAAAGAGGGAGUCGACGAACAGUCACUGGCAAGGCUCCGAAGUUUCAGAAAUGCCACGCCCUUCGUGUUUACCAGACGGAGCUCUUUGUACUUUGACGAGGAUGGAGACCUGGCCCACGAAUUCUACGAGGAGACAGUUGUAACAAAGAACGGCCGCAAAAAAGCAAAAUUGAAGAGGAUCCAGAAAAACCUCAUACCUCAGGGAAUCAUAAAGCUGGAUCAUCCCUGCAUUCAUGUGGAUUUCCCUGUUGUUCUCUGUGAGGUGUGACGAAGCCGGGCAGCGCGUUUUGAGACCAGACUCCGACUAGCCACUGUGUCAACUCCGUCCCACCCACCCCGUGUGCCCUCUCCACCUGUGCUUCACCCUUAAGCCCUCCACGUACCCUCUAAACCGCCAUGGUCUCCCUGUGAUGACAGCUGGCCUGCUCCCUGACCCGCCGGGCCGGACGGGCCGACUAAACAAGAUGGGGUUGAGCCUCUGCAUGUGGACCCAUUAAGAUGUGUGCCGCCAUGUUACAGUGCCGAGUGGCAACUUACUAAGACUGUGGCUGAGCUGUGAAAAGCGCCGGAUAAGGUGGUUGACGACGACGUCAUUCUGUUCCUGUUAACCCAUUCAAUAUAUACAGUGAUGGUCGUGUGCGUGCGUGCGUGCGUGCUUACGUGUAUGUGUGUGUGUGUUAGUGGAUAUGGAAUGAAGUAUGAUAUCUUGUCUGUCUGUCUCACAGCACAGUGUGUGCUCUGGAAGGAUGACCCAUUGUACUUUAAGUAGAAUGUACAAGGCCAAUUUGAAUUUAAUCACGGGCUGUUAAGUAGACUAGUUACUGCAAGGAUAGUCCAGCGGACCUGUAUAUUUUAAAACUAGAGAGUGAUAAACUGUCUGCACGGAGCAGCGUGAGGAACCGGUGAGGAGGGACGGGAUUGUUGGGUUUAGUCUUCAGAGCUUCCAGAGUAAUAAGGCUUAACCAAUCAGCAUCAGGGCCAUAUCCUGGGGUCAGAGGUUUAGCAACAUUUGAUUGCAGAUUUUGACGUGUAUGAGAGGAAAAGUAGCCCUAUCAUGGCCUGAUAUAAAUUCCACACUGUAUGCUGCUGCUUGCCUGUCCUUUCCCCAUGGAGUUUAGACAGUCUGUGGCCGUCGUGAUCUGAGCUGAUUCUAAUGUGACGUUUUGUGCUGUUUGGCUGGCCGGCUGUGGUGAUCAUGGUGUCCCAGGACAAGGCCUCAUAUUCGUAUACCUUACUGGAGGUGCUGGUCUAGGAUCAGUUAUAAUGAGGAUUAUAUGGAUUGAUUGGGGGUGUGUGUGUGUGUGUGUGUGUGUGGGGGGGGGGGGGGGGGUGAUCCUAGGUUGGCAAUCCCACUCUGAGGUGUUUUUUUUGUGUAUGGGCCCAGGCCUCAUGCCACACUCAUGUACAGACUAGCAAUGACUCAAGUCCCCUGGGGAAAGUCCUGUUCUUUCGCUGCUUUGAGCGCGAUACAUUUCACUGUUAAUUUAUUAUAACUGUUAAAAUGGCAUUUUUUUUUUCUUUCUUUUUUUAAUUACAUCUCAGAAUAUAUCCAAAUUUGUGUCUCGCUCCCUU